AUUGCAAAUACAGGCAUGUCUAUACUUAACAUCUCUGAGAUUGAAAUCUCUACUUUCUAUUUAGUUGGGAUCCCAGGGCUAGAAACUGCCAAUAUCUGGAUUUCUAUCCCCAUUUGUUUUGUGUACAUUGUUGCUAUCCUGGGGAACUCUACCAUCCUAUUUUUCAUAAAAACAGAGCCUUCUUUGCAUGAGCCCAUGUACUGUUUCCUCUCCAUGCUGGCUCUCUCUGACCUAGGACUAUCCCUUUCCUCUCUCCCCACCAUGCUGAGAAUUUUCUUAUUCAAUGCUCCAGGAAUUUCCCCUGAUGCCUGUUUUGCCCAAGAGUUUUUCAUUCAUGGGUUCUCAGCUAUGGAGUCGUCUGUGCUGCUCAUCAUGUCUUUUGAUCGCUUUGUUGCCAUCUGUAACCCUCUGAGAUACACUACCAUUCUUACCAGUGCUAGAGUCACUCAAAUUGGACUUGCUUUUUCUCUCAAAAAUGUUUUGCUAGUUCUCCCUUUUCCAAUCACUUUAAAGCAUUUAAGAUACUGUAAGAAGAACCUGCUGUCUCAUUCUUACUGUCUUCAUCAGGACGUCAUGAAGCUGGCCUGCUCUGACAACAGGGUCAAUGUCAUCUAUGGCUUAUUUGUGGCUCUCUCAGGUAUCCUAGACAUCACAUUCAUUUUCAUGUCCUACGUGAUGAUACUGAAAGCAGUGUUGAACAUAGCAUCUCAAAGGGAAAGAUUCAAGGUCCUCAAUACUUGUGUCUCCCACAUCUGUGCUGUGCUUAUCUUCUAUGUGCCUAUUAUUUCUCUAUCUGUCAUCUACCGGUUUUCAAAACAGAGUUCUCCAAUCGCUAGAAUCCUUAUGGCUGAUAUUUUCCUAUUGGUGCCUCCACUAAUGAACCCCAUUGUAUACUGUAUAAAGAGUCAGCAGAUGAGAAAACUGAUUGUAGGGAAACUGUGCCAGAAGCAAAGCUGA